GCAAAAAUGUGGAAAUUGGUUUAUUUUCAUAAAAAUGAAAUCCACUGCAUAGAUUUCCACUUGGAUGUAAUUUAAUCAAAGCAUAACUCAAUCUGUCCUAUAAAUGCUUCAGAGAUGGGUAAAGGAAUAUAAAUGAACAAAGAAGACCAAAAAACAAAUAAAAAAAACACAGUAGACACAUUUAGGAGAAAAGGUUUUAGAUAAGUUAUGUCAAGGUAAGGUUAUAAAACCAUAUUUUAAGCUUUGAACACAUAAUACUCUGUUCUAAUGUGUUCACACAACAUGUGACAAGUUGAACUACAAGACCAUUAAUAGAAGUAGCCAAGAGACAUGUGGUAAAUCUGUAGGAGCUGCUAAGAGCCACAUCUCAGGUGAAGAAAAUCUGUUUUCACGUUAAUUAUGGAUUCUACAAAUAUGACUUUUAACAAGAAGAAUGCCAUUUUUGAAAGGAAGUAGAGGAAGUCAUCUUUACAGUUUCUCAGAAGCUUUAAAAGAGACACAAAUACAAGUGCAAAGGCCUAUGUGUAAUAUAAAAAUGUACAUCGCAUUGACCCAGAUACACAAUCUGUACGCCGUAGUGACACAUGGUGGUGGCAGCAUCAUGCUUUGGGAGAUACUUCUCCAUUGAAGGCAUAAGAGAAAAAGUUGCUAAACCUCCAAUACACAGAAGAGAAGGGAGACAUUCACUUUCCAACUCCAAAAAGAAAACAAGACCUGUAGAGGAAUUGUGCAGCAUAAAGCUGCAGCAUGUUACUUUUAUAAAAGUGUAAUUUUUACAUAUUUGUGGAAGCUGUCACUAUAACCUGACAGUAGAAUGUGAGCCAGAUAAUCUAAGAAAACAAAUCAUUCCCUUCUGCUUCUUCCCAACGGAGCCUGCCAUGAAUGCUCUGGCUUGUUAGCCUAGCUACCGAUGACGGCUGAGAAACAGUUUUUCUGAAUAUGCAAGAACAUAACAAUGAGCUCCAACAUCACAGACCCUGGUCUCCUCUUGACUGCCAACACAUCACCGCGAACAGCCGGAGCCUAUUCUCAAUCCAGUGCACAUCACAAGAACCUUAAUUUCACCCCUCAACCCGAGAAUCAAACCACAGCCCUUGAUCCUCUUGGUGGUCAUCCUGUGUGGCAAGUUGUCCUCAUUGUUUUACUGACAGGCUCGCUGUCACUGGUCACCAUCGUUGGCAACAUUCUGGUAGUGGUCUCCUUCAAGGUCAAUCGCCAGCUGAAGACAGUCAACAACUAUUUUCUACUGAGCUUGGCUGUAGCUGACCUCAUUAUAGGAGUAAUCUCCAUGAAUCUCUACACAGUCUACCUUAUAAUGGGCUACUGGGCCCUAGGCACAUGGGCCUGUGACCUUUGGCUGGCUAUUGACUAUGUUGCAAGCAACGCAUCAGUUAUGAACCUUCUGGUCAUUAGCUUUGAUCGCUACUUUUCUAUAACCAGACCUUUGACCUACCGGGCCAAACGGACCACAAAGAGAGCUGGCAUCAUGAUUGGCCUAGCCUGGCUUGUUUCUCUUGUCCUGUGGGCCCCAGCCAUACUGCUGUGGCAGUAUUUUGUAGGUAAAAGGACGGUACCCCACAACCAAUGCUAUAUCCAGUUCCUCACAGAGCCAAUCACAACUUUCUGCACAGCAAUGGCGGCUUUCUACCUCCCUGUGACAAUAAUGAGUAUUCUAUACUGGCGUAUCUAUAAGGAAACCCAAAACCGUUCAAAAGAGUUGGCUGGACUGCAAGGUUCGGAAGGUCGUGGAGGGCUAGGGGGAAGAGCAGGAAAUAAUAAACGAGGUGAGAGAGCUCGCUUUGUACAUCAGACUGGAAGUUCUAGGAGCUGUGGUAGCUAUGAGUUGAACAGGAUGCCUAAGAAAAAGAGCACUUGUCAGGAGCUGGUGGGGCGAUUCCACUGCUGGCCAGGUGUUCGUUCUUGGAGACCUGGAAGUAUCAGGCAUGGGGAUGGUGAUCCGGACCAGAGCAGCAGUGACAGCUGGAACAACAAUGAUGCAGCGGCCUCUUUGGACCAUUCUGGGUCCUCAGAGGAUGAGGACUGUGAGGGAAGAGAGAUGAUUUCUCAAAGUCAUGCUAUUUUUUCAAUUGUCCUCAGCCUACCUGGCAUUAAGGCAGCAGUCAACUCUCAGCUUACCUCUUGCGAGGAUCUGGAUGUGGCCUCAGAAGAGGACCCACUGAGGGGAGACAGUUUGUCAACAGUCACCACUACCACAACUUCUCCCAUUACACCUGAGGGAACAAACAAUACAGAAAAUAGCUACCACCAACGCUUCAGCUCACGCAAGACACAGUCAAUGUCCACCAUUCAGGCCAAGUCUCACCAAGGGUUUCUGGAUGGUACCCCAUCAACGACUGCCAUUGAUGACUCUACCACCUGCACGGCCACCAAGUCCUCCUCUGUCCCCCUUUCUUUUAAAGAAGCUGCUAUGGCAAAGCGCUUUGCCACACGAACCCGGACUCAGAUCACAAAGAGGAAACGAAUGUCGUUAGUGAAGGAGAAGAAAGCGGCUCAAACACUCAGCGCUAUUCUCUUAGCUUUCAUCAUCACCUGGACACCAUACAACAUCAUGGUGUUAAUCACAACCUUUUGUAAAGUUUGCAUCCCACAGACCCUGUGGGCAGUGGGGUACUGGCUGUGCUAUGUAAACAGCACAGUCAACCCCAUGUGCUACGCGCUUUGCAACAAGACUUUUCGAACCACAUUUAAGAUGAUACUGCUGUGCCGCUGGGAUCAGAAGAAAAGACGAAAGCUGCAGUUUCAACAGAGGCAAUCAGUGGUCUUCCACAGGGGCAUUCCCAGGGAGUCUACGUAAAAUAACUGAAUAAUGAGUCGGUUGUUGACAGUUUCAACUUUCAACACAGGACAAUGGAAAUACAGGUUUCUUGGCCUAAAAAUCCACACUGUCCUUGUCUGCUGUUAUGUAAAAUACAGCAACACUACCUGGUGGUCUUGUGAUAUGUGUUUAUGUUGAAGCAUAAAUGUACUUUGGCAAAUGGGUACCAGUGGGACGUUUUGCCUGAGGUGAGGUCCACAGAUGAAAGUUUUGUCUUUCUUAUGAAAGAAUUUUUUCCCAUUUCACUCUAGUGCUUCUGGCAGAAGAUGAUGAGGAAAUAAUCACAAAGGGCUUUUAAAAGGCAUUGCAGGACAAAUAUGAAAGUGCAAUUGACAAAACGUAAGCAUGUCCAUGUAAGGGAUUUACAUUUCUUACAACUUCCCUCUGUGGGUAGCUAGAAUUGUAAUGUGUAGACUGGUUUUACAUUUCAAACAAAACUGUCUAUAAAAUGUUCCUGAAAGCCAAGGUAAAAAGGAGACUUGUGUUCACUGGCUUCUACAUUUUACUAGUUUGCAGUGACUUCUUAAAUGGCAUGUGUUUUUAGCAGAACGUCUGUGGAUCAUAUUUCUACAUCGAUAUAGCUUUCUUGUGUAAUGAAAUAUAAAAUUCUUAAAAUGUGUCCUUACUCUCAUUCAUCAGAGAACUGUUUUUUUUUUUUUCUUUUGUGAUUUUCAUCUUUGGUUUUCUAGGUACUCCAGAGAUUUCGAGCCAGUUUAAAAAUGAUACAUUUGAUGAAGUGAGUUGUGAAUAUAUUGUGGCACCACAGUGAAAUGCUGUUGUGUUCAAUGUGAUUGUUGUGUUUUUUCUAUGGUGAACACAAUGGGUACUUUGGUUGUGUUUUCUGUGCUUGCAGUUUUCUGUCAAAAGCAAUGACUGUACAAUGAUAAAAAGGUUCUGUGUAUAUUUCUGACCUAGCAUACUGAGACUAAAUACACACAAAGAUGUACAUUUUUAUUUGCUCUGGCCUGGUUUCUCACUUUGAAAUUUCUAGUCAUGAAAGCAGCAAUUGCGCCCUCUGGAGGCAUACAUCCGAUUGCUGCAGUGUAAUUUUAACAUGCAUAUAUUUCCAAAUGUCGAGUAAUUCCAAGUAGAAUUUCCAUACACAUUCAUAGUAUAACUAUGAUUUUACUUUCAUGUGUUGAGUUCCUUCAAAGUAUUAUAAAGCCAUGUCACAUGAUUUGUACAUAAAGUUGAAACCUUUUUGUAGUAUACAGAGAAAUAUCAAACAACACAAAAACUAAAAGCAGUCACAAUGUAUUUGAAAAAUUUAUUUGUUUUUUGCAAUACACAUUAGUUUUUUGGGGGGGUUUUUUAUCUGCAGAAACAUUUCUAAUGAUGUGCAAAAUAUACUGACGGUAAAAGAUAAUCUGUAAUAUAACAGGUGUCAUGAAGAAAAAUAAAUUAUUAUGGUGAAUGUA